AUGUCGCGCCCCAUCAUCACCCACCAGCGUGGCCUGACGCUGCCCGAAGAACUCGAGAAAUUGGAGCAGCAAAUCACGCUCACCCUGCAGGAAAUCGACAGCAACUUCAGCAAAGCGCACCGCAUCGUGACCAGCAGCAUCCUACCCAUCGUCGAGGACUACGCCAAGCACAGCAACCAGGUGUGGGAGGGCUCCAAGUUCUGGAAGCAGUUCUUCGAGGCUUCGGCCAAUGUCUCCCUGUCCGGCUAUGAAGAGAACGGGAACGAGGACAACACGCAAACCGACGCCACGCACUCCUUUCAGACGCCGACGGAUGCCUCUCACGACGACAGUACGGUCACGGGCGCCACUGUACAGGAAGACGAGGAGGAGGAGGAGUUCAGCGUGGAGUCCCCUACACAGAUGACAGGCGUACAGACCACUCCAAAGCUACCAGCGUCUGGACCGCGAUCGAAUGGGAAAGCGAGAGCACAAGGGAGUAGACCGGCAUCAUCAUAUCGCUCACCCUCGCCACGCAAAUACACGGGCCGUAAUCCCAUGGGCGGCAAUACUCCCGGCUCUGAGCAACCGAGCACACCGCGUAUGUCAACUGCCAUGGGCGACACCUCGUCUCCAUUCCAGCCCGAGUCUGCCUUCGAACCCCCGUCUGCCUUUCGUGCGCAACAGCAGAACCAUGAUCCUCUCAUGCACCGUGUACUGGACAAGAACUACCGCAUUCAAGCAACUCCCAUGACUCAGCGCCGUCAGCGCCAGGCAACAGCAUACUCGAAACAAACGCCUGCCACUGCCGCCAAGAAAGAGGCCUGGGACGAUUCACCACAGUCAUCGCCCGAGAUCUCCGCGCCUCAACUCCGUAGCGAGCUCUUUUCUCCCACCAAGCCAGCCCCUCGUACCCCUGGUGUAUCGGUCCUGACACCUGCUGCUCGCAGAAAUGGCCCUCCUCCACCUACCACGUCCACAGGCAAACAACUGUUCUCUGCGCAAGACAAAGCGUAUACAGCAACUCGUGACCGCACUCGUAAUAUGUUCGCCGACAGCGAUGAGGAUGACGACGACUUCGGGCCCGAGUUCAGCCCGCCCAAGACCAUGCAGUUUCACGUGCCACAAAGUAGACUUGUACAGACUCCGGCACGAGAGGCGAGUAAGAGGAUCGUGGAGGACCUGUUGCUCACUGCUGGUGCCGAUGCAACGGAUGACAUCGAGGACGACGAUUACGAGUUUGAAAUUCCCAGUCCGAGCGUAGUAAAGCCAGGCUGGGAAAUUGACGAUGAUACCUUUUAG